UGCACGCGGUCUGGGGGUGACUUUACCGAGGAAGGACGGGAAGCGAGCAGGCAGGAGACCCUGAGGCUCCACGGCUUCUUCCAGGCGGCCCGCAGCGUAGAGAUAACGGUGAUACCUCAGCUCGGGGCUCCCCGCCGCUGGGCUAGAGAACCGCGCGAGCGGGCUACAGCGGCCUGAGGAGUCCCGGUGGCGCGCGGCGCCGGGUGUGAGCCCCGGGGAGCUUUCCCCUGGAGACCGGUGCAGUCACGACGCGUCACUCAGAAAUGGUUUCAAAAAUUGAGGAAGAAAUUUCUGUGCGUGAGGAAUUCGUUCUGUGUGGUAAAGUUGAAACACAGGUUAUAAAAUGUGGACCCUGGACUGACCUCAUUAAUGAUCAAAAUGUCAACAGGCCUAAGGCACUUAUUUUCGUCAUUCCGGGUAACCCAGGUCUUCCUGUCUUUUAUGUGCCAUUUGUAAAGGCUUUGUACUCUUUGACGAAUAGACGCUUUCCAGUUUGGGUUAUCUCUCAUACUGGGCAUGUCUUACCUCCCAAAGACAAGAAGACUGUCACAACAUCAGAGGAUCCAAAUGCUCAAGAAAUUAAGGACACCUAUGGACUGCGUGGUCAAAUAGAGCACAAAAUAGCUUUUCUGAGAACUCACGUGCCAAAGGAUAUGAAGCUUAUCUUCAUUGGCCAUUCAUUAGGCUGCUACAUAAUUCUUCAGAUCUUGAAGCAUGCCCCAGAGCUCCCAGUCAUUCACUCGUUUUUGCUGUUCCCGACAAUUGAACGAAUCGCUGAAACACCCAACGGCAGGAUUGUCACUCCACUUGUGUCCUGGUUUCGAUAUGCUUUCUAUGCUAUUACCUACUCAGUGCUUAAACCAUGUCCUGACAUUGUCAAGUCCUGGUUAAUCAGCAUUGUCUUUCAAGUAAUAAAUUUAAAGACUGAGUUUCCGCUGACGAAUGUAUUUCAACCAUUCUGCCUUGUUAAUAUUGUCUACCUGGCGGCCCAAGAAAUGAGGAACAUAAUGAAGAGAGAUGAUGAAAUUAUAAAGGAACAUUUAUCUAAGAUGACAUUUUACUAUGGAACCAUAGACCGUUGGUGUCCAACACAGUACUAUGAAGACAUAAAGAAAGAUUUUCCAGAAGGAGAUAUUCGACUCUGUCAGAAAAAUAUACCUCAUGCCUUUGUCCUGCGUUUUAGCCAAGACUUAGCUGAAAUGAUUGCUGCCUGGGUAAAGGAUAACCUGUCUAAAAUAGAAGUGAUGACAAAGGACACAAGCCCCUGCAGCCAAGACCUGUGUCAGUAGGUGUACUGUAUUUAGUAAGGAACUAUUUAAUUUUGAUGCUUGAUAUUAGAUAGGAAAAAUAUUUAAAACCUCUUGGCUUAAAAACUACCAGCUCCUCAUGGUACAGGCUGAAAUGAACAGUGGUGAGUAAUUGCAUUUGUGAUCUGAAUGAGGACCUCUCUGCACAAGACAGCCAGUGACACUAUGCCGUGUGUUUUGGUUGGCAGGAUCCUUGCAGACGAAAGAAAAUCCAAGUGAUUUUAAUUGAGUUACAUUGUAGGACAGGCUCCCCUGGAGGAAGUGAUGAAAUAUUAAAAAAACAGAAAGGACAUCGGUGAAUAUGAGGUGUGUGAGAUCAUAACAAGGACACACUGAUGUCCCAGUAGCAGGAAGUGAUGAGCAGUGGAUACUGCUGGUGGACCUGGGUUUCCUUUAAGGAUGAAAGGUCAAAGUCAUUCCAGACUUAACACUGCCCAGGUCUUGGCUGAGACCAUCAGUGUGACUUUGUGACAUACCUUCAUUAGAUCAAAAAUAAAGUUCUCCAGAUCGCACUCACCAGCUCAUAGGGAAGAGUUGUUGAAGGAUCCCCACUCUGCCUCCUGCCAUACAGUAGCAGUGAGCUCUCUGCAGACCUUCGCCUGCAGCCAGGGAUAUAGCUCAGUGGCACAGCACCUGCCUGGCAAGCGCAAGGUCUUGAGUUCGAUUCCCAGUAGCCUCCAGGCAAUGGGCUCCCUGUAGCCCCACUCCUCCAGAGCUGAGAAGGGGAGGCACCAGGCUGUCCAAGAUCAAAUGUGCACAGGACAACCAUGUAAUUGCUCUUUCUGAUUCUUGUAGUAAACUAUUAAAGGCCAACCACUGAUGAUAAUAAUAUCCUUAGCUACUUUAUGACUCUUCUGAAAGUUUCCUAGUAAAUAAUUUAUGGAAAGGUAUUUUAAGUUGCUGAGUAUAAUAUAUAGUUUUGUGGUUUUUUCCAUUUGCCUUAACUUUAUUUGUUGGAAAGAAAUUAUUUUGUCAGUGAACCAAAGAGAGCCAUCAGAUCAUGUGAAUCUGCCUUCUCAGCACACUGGCCCUGUGAAGAGCAGCACAGUCUCUGGCUGAGGGUGGGCUAGCAGUAUGGCUGUAUUCCCGGAACUGACUCCAUCUUGAAAUCUUAGAGACCAGUACAUCCCACUGGCUGCAAUGACAGCUGAGCAUGCAUCGAAGCAUUCCAUUUUCUCCUCCAUGAGAGCCCCUGUGACAUUGUCAUCCCUCGGAGACAGCAUGGUGCUGUCCUUCCUCUCAAGACCUAAAGCCCCUUUGGCUUGGCUUCAGCACCAAAGUGGAUGACUUCUCAGAGGUAAAAAGCCAAGCUGCAGAUGGGAAGGAACCAUGAGAUACACAGGGCUGCACGUGGUCCUGCAGGCGUCUGCAUGGUGAGGCGUUCUGGGCAGCUCAUAUCUGAAGCCAGACUCCCACUCUGGGUGCCCGAAUCAAGGAGAUAUCACCAGCACAAAAUGAAGGCUCAGAAACAAGUAUUGGUAAAUCAGACCUACUGGAAGAGAGAGUAACGUCCAUAGCUGGUUUGUUUUAGGUGUGAUUCUAUAACAUUCCUCUAUAUUUAAAAAAUUUGCACAUAGGAAAUUUUGUUUUUUAGAGUUUAAAAAUGAUAACUAGCUCUUAGUUCCUGUUUACCAUCUAAACACCAAGUGAAUUUUCAAAAUAAAUAACCAGCACUAAG